CCUUGUUCCUGCUCAGUCAUCUCUGAUCAGGCCAUGUUCUUGUACAUACAACUCAAUCGAGAGCCCAAACCCCCAUGAUGCCACACUCGCUCCCCUCAAGUUGAUCGACAUCCCCAUCGCUAUCAGUUGCCACAAAGCUGCGACCCAGCUGUACAACCCCACAAUCCGUUGCCACGCUACGGCAUCUGGGUCCUGAUCCUGAUCCUGACCCUGACCCUGACCCUGAUCUGAUCCUCAUUGACCUCCCGGAUGCAACUUUCUUGUGCCUCCGACAGCUCGCUGUCCUCCCGUCGAUAACGCCCACCUCUAGCCAUGAAAGACACUCUGCGCAAGAAGGCCGCCAAAACCAGUUCAGGCAGCGAGUUCGACGUGGCUUCGCAGCUGGAUGUCACCUCUCAGUCCAGUGAAUCCGUCUCGCCAAAUCCAUGGGCUAGUGAGGCCUCUUCCACCCUGAACGGUGAAGACAUUUCCCGCCAGAUAUCCAAGGCUUCUAGGACUCCGGACACCACGUCUCCCAUACGGAGCAUCAUGUCUACUACCACCAAGGAAGAAGAAUCUGGAUCGCCCCCUGCUUCCAUCCAGCGACUGGAUAUUCCUGCCGCUGGCGACACCGCUGCCCUUGACGAUUCUGGCAAACCCACUCGCCGAAGAAAGACCGUCACCAAAACUCCUCACACAUUCGAGCUCGAGGCUGAUCUAACUCCUGUUAAACAAAAAGAACAGAUGCCUGCCUCUGCAGCAGAGCAGCCUCCACCCAAAUCGGACGUUCAAACGCCCGCACCCAAAAAGAAGAAACGAGUGUCGCAAGUCGCGCCUCCGGACGCCACGCCCAAUCCUACCGUCAUGGUCAAUUCAGUACCGUCCACUGAUGCUGCGACUCCCCUAUCAUCACCAAAAUCGCCUUCCUCCGUUGUGCCUGUAUCCACCUCGAACCAGGCCCCAGCUCCCUCAGCCACGACUUCUUCGUCUCUCAAACCAAAUGCCUCAUCAACAAUCGCGCCCGUAAACCCAUUCACGACACGAACUAAGAAAUCCCAGUCUAUGUCCUCUGUCCCUCAAGUCUUCGCGUCUAAUCCGUGCCGUUUUACACCGCCACCCCUGCCGAAAGAAUCCUUUCAUGGCAAAGUGAUCGUCCUCUCCAAUGGCGCCAGUCAAACAGGUCAGUCUCUGAUACGCCAAUUCCACACGGCUGGCUGUCGGGUGAUUUUUGGCGACACGAAUAGCGACCAGGCUCGCAAGUUUAUCUCCUCGCUUGGCCCGCCGCACGUAGUUCACUUCAACAAAUGCGACCUGACUAAGUACUCUGACAUGCUGGACCUGUUUAAGCUCGCGAUCACUAUGUAUGGACGUGUCGACCACGCCAUCUUCGGGGUGGGUGACGACGGGGGGCAAGCAUGCACCGUGGGUGCGGGCGAAAAGGGCUGGUUUGAAGAUCGCCCCGGGAUCAACAAGACGGCCAAGAUGGCUUACGACGAGGUAGCAACAGAGCCCACCGGUUUGGGAGAUAUCAUCACGGCGAGCAUUCGAUUUGCGCGAAUUGCACUGGCAUAUCUGAAAUAUUCGCCCAAGUCCAAGAGCAGCAGCAAGAAGGGCAUUGUGAAUCCUUAUUCGAGACCGCAGCCAGAAGCCCCUGCCUCGCCGGGUAUGAACGACCGCAGUCUGACCUUCCUCACGUCCGCGGCUGCGUUCAAGGAAACUCCGCAGCUGCCCAUUUAUCAAGUGACGCAGCAUUCGAUCCUGGGGCUCGUGCGCAGUCUCUGGACAAAUAUCGACCCGGACCCCGAGCGCGAUGGCGUGCGCAUCAACGCGGUCGUCACGAACGUCAUGGUGCCGCGCGCCGUCGCCCAGUCAGGCGGUCGGAGCAUGUCCGUGCAGCUCCCGCCCGAUCGGCCCGAGGACAUUGCGCGUGUGGUCGUCGGCGUGGUCGCCACGAACGCGUCCACGCCGGACAUUAACGGCGGAGACUCCUCGAGCGGGAGCGGCAUUGCCAGCGGCGGCGGCGUGUGGUACGAAAAAGGCCACGAGAGGGGAAUGCGCGAGAAGUACCUCCACGGCAGGGUCAUCUAUGCCGUGGGCACCGAGGGCUGGGACGUCCAAGAGGGCAUGAGCCGCAGUGAGGCCAUCUGGCUUGGUCAGAAGCCCGCCGAGGCUCUGAAUCGCAGCAUGGCUGGGUUGAGCCUGGACGGACAGAGUACGUGGAUCCUGGAUAUGGUCUGAUCCGAGAAGGUCCUGAGAGCGUAAGUAGUUGUUGUCAGAUCUGACAUUAGUGGCAGUGCUGUCCGUGCGUUUACUAGCUUUUGUUAGCUCGUCGUCUGGUUCUACAAGUGCCUCAAGAGAAACGGAACUACAUGGGAAAAGGCAUAGUGGUCUAUGCAAUAAAAGGUGGAUCGGUCCGGUUGCUAGCAUUACGAGUACCGUCUGAUUGCGAUGCGUUGCAUGUUCCCCAUCCACUUUCUGCGGGGACAUAUGGAUUGGAACAGAGUGCAUUAAGAAACGGCGAUCUAUCUCGUCGUUGGGUAACCUGCAUCUCCUCCAUCUCCCUCCAGAUGUAUAGCCCGUGAGCUGGCUUGCCGUCAGUCCAAUGCCUAGGGGGAGGGGCCAUUUAUCGACUCGAGCGCAACGACAUCCAGCCACGAACAAGCCAAC